AUGGCUUCGGAAGGGUCCAAAGAACUCCCAACUCGCCCUGCAGGAGACACGAAGAUGGCGAACCAGGGAAACUCCCUGCCCGAUUUCAUACUAGAGCGAAACAGGCUCUUCGAAGAACUAUGGCAGGAGCACGUUAAGGAACAAGCCGAGAAGCCUAGGUCAGAAAUCACUGUCACGCUCGAUAUCGGCGAUGGAAACCCGUCUACUAUAAUUGCGAAAUCGUGGGAAACUACUCCUGGGUCAUUUUUGAGGGAUGUUCCCAAAGAGAUCAGCGCCAAUGUCGUUAUUGCCAAGAUAGACGGAAAAGAGCUCUGGGACCUGAACCGCCCAUUGGAGAAGGAUUGCAAGGUUUCCCUUCUGCCAUUUGAUCACCCAGAGGGACGGGAAGUCUUUUGGCAUUCCAGCGCUCACUGCCUUGGAGAAGCCUGUGAGCUCGAGUAUAACUGUCUGCUCUCUCACGGUCCGCCAACUUUACAGGGUUUCUUCUACGACAUGGCUAUACCAGAUGGUCUUGUUGUCAAGGAAAGCGAUUGGUCAACCUUGGACAAGAAGGCCGCUCAAGUUUUCAAGGAACGACAAAGCUUUGAUCGAUUGGAAGUCACAAAGGAGAACCUCAAGAAGAUGUUUGCCUACAGCAAAUACAAACUCCACUAUAUCGACAAUUUGGUUCAGGGAGAGAAGAGCACCGUCUAUCGCUGCGGCACCCUAGUUGAUCUCUGUCGAGGACCGCACAUUCAAAACACUGGCAAGGUCAAGGCUUUCAAAAUCAUGCAGAACUCCUCGGCGUAUUUCCUUGGAGACCAGACCAAUGAUUCCUUGCAGCGUAUUAGAGGUGUUGCCUUCCCGGACAAGGGUGCCAUGAAAGAGCACUUGAAGUUCCUGGAAGAGGCGGCGAAGCGAAACCAUCUGAGGAUUGGUAAAGAUCAAGAACUUUUCUUCUUUGACGACGCUGCUCCUGGAUGCCCUUUCCUACUUCCUAAUGGAACCAAGAUUUUCAACGGUCUUCAAAAGCUUCUUCGCACGGAAUAUCGUAAACGCGGGUACCAAGAGGUGCAGACACCUAACAUGUAUGACGUUAGCGUCUGGAAAACUUCAGGUCAUUGGGCCCAUUACAAAGACGAUAUGUUCAAACUAGACGUCGAGAAAAGAGAGUGGGGUCUUAAGCCUAUGAACUGCCCCGGUCACUUCAUGCUGUUUGGGCACCGUGAUAGGAGUUAUCGUGAAUUGCCUCUAAGAAUUGCCGAUUUCGGUGUACUCCACAGAAACGAGGCAUCUGGUGCUCUUCACGGCCUCACCCGCGUGCGCAAGUUCCAGCAAGACGAUACCCAUAUUUUCUGUACUCCUGACCAGAUUGCAUCUGAAAUCGACGGACUUUUUGAUUUCCUGAAGUCCAUCUAUGGGCUUUUUGGCUUCACUUUCAAAUUGAAGCUAUCUACUCGACCCGAGAAAUAUAUGGGAGAUUUAGAGGCUUGGAACUUUGCCGAGGAGCAACUACGCCUUGCACUAAACAAGUUCAAAGGAAAUGACUGGGAGCUGAAUGAAGGUGACGGUGCUUUCUAUGGCCCUAAGAUUGACAUCACCAUCGCGGACGCGCUGCAGCGAGAGUUCCAAUGCGCCACUAUCCAGCUCGACUACCAGGCACCGAUCAAUUUCAGGUUGGAAUACAUCACAAACGAGAAGAUAACAGCUGGUGGAGAUCAGGAAAAGAAAGAAGGCCAGGAGAAGAAAGAAGGCGAGGAAAAAUCCAAAGAAAUUGGCGUUGGCCGUGCUCGCCCGGUCGUUAUUCACCGUGCGAUCAUCGGCAGUUUUGAGCGUUUUCUUGGUAUCUUGACCGAGCACUUUGCCGGUAAAUGGCCGUUCUGGCUCAGCCCUAAACAAAUCCUGAUAGUGCCCGUCAUGCCGGAUCUGAACGACUAUGCGAAGGAACUUCAGCAAAUCCUCCAAGCUGAUAAAUUAAGCGUUGACAUUGAUAUUUCUGGCAACACCUUGCAAAAGAAGAUCCGUACUGGCCAGCUUUCUCAGUACAACUUUAUCUUUGUCGUCGGUGCUCAAGAGAGGGACAGCCGAACCGUCAACAUUCGCAACCGUGACGACCCGGCCAGUCAGGCCAAGGGAGAGUUGAUCCCUCUUGAAGAGGCACGCGUCAAGUUGACUGCUCUCAGAAAGGAGCGUAGACUGGUCAACUCUCUGUAG